GCCACAAUCCCUUCUCCCUUCCCUUCCUCCUCAAUCCACCAGCCCCUCCAUCAGCGACAACCCACCGGCCGGAGUCGAUCCAACGCGGUUUUACCGGCGCUUAAAAGACGACGUCCAGCCAACCACGGAGCCACAAGUUCCCAACGCCACCACGCAACGCAUCCCACUCCAUCUGUCCAUCACCACCCACCGCACACACACACGUCGUGCCGAGCUCCGACCGGACGGACGGGCAUGGUGCACCACCACCGGGCGAGCCUACUGCCGCUGCCACACCACACCCAGCAGCAGCAGCUCGACGAGGAGAAGCAGCAGCAGAAGCAGAAGGCGGAGGGGAUGAAGGAGCUCCGGGGCGGGCUGGCGGACUACGCGUGCCGCCACAGGAAGCACGGCCACGACGCGCUGCUCCUCAUGCUCGCGGGAUUCGCCGCCGUCUCAUGCCUCCUCCUCCUCCUCCCCAACAGCCCCUUCUCCGCCGCCAUGGACGACCUGCUGCAGCUGGGCACCACCCGCCGGUGCGACCAGGAGAUGGCGCCCACGCCGCCGGCGCCGUGCGCCGGGGUGGCGGACGGCACCGUCUGCUGCGACCGCACCUCCCCCCGAGCCGACCUCUGCGUCAUGCGCGGGGACGUCCGCACCCACGCCGCAUCCAACUCGCUCUUCCUCCUCGCCGCCGCCGCCCCGGCCGACGAGCGCAUCCGGCCCUACACCCGCAAGUGGGAGUCCACCGUCAUGAGCACCAUCGACGAGCUGCGCCUCCGUGCCGUGCCCGAUGGUGCUGCCAGUGCUGAUGCCGGACCGGCGGGGUGUGACGUCCGGCACGACGUCCCGGCCGUCGUCUUCUCCACCGGCGGGUACACUGGCAACGUGUACCACGAGUUCAACGACGGCAUCAUCCCGCUCUACAUCACCGCGCGCCGGUACGACAGGAAGGUGGUGUUCGUCAUGCUCGAGUACCAUGAUUGGUGGAUCACCAAGUACGGCCACAUCGUCGACCAGCUCUCCGACUUCCCGCCCGUCGACUUCUCCAACGACACCCGCACGCACUGCUUCCCCGAGGCCGUCGUCGGCCUGCGCAUCCACGACGAGCUCGCCAUCGACGCCUCACGCAUGCCGGGAAACCAGGGUAUCCUCGACUUCCGCCAGAUACUCGACGACGCGCACCGCGGCCGCAUCAACGCCAUCAUCGACGAGGAAAAGGCGUCGCCACUAGCGGCGCCGGCGGCGGCCCAAGCCAAGAAACAGCAGCCUCGCAGCAUCAGCGGCACGGAGGAGCUGCUCGAAGACGAGUACAAGCCGCGGCUGGUGAUCGUGUCCCGGAACGGGUCGCGCGCGAUCGAGAACGAGGACGAGCUGGCGCGCGCGGCGGCGAGGGCCGGGUUCAGGGUGACGGUGCUCCGGCCGCGCCCGGACACGGAGCUCGCGCAGAUGUACCGCGUCCUGAACGGCUCCGACGUGAUGGUGGGCGUGCACGGCGCCGCCAUGACGCACUUCCUCUUCAUGCGGCCGGGGUCGGCGUUCAUCCAGGUGGUGCCGCUGGGGACCGACUGGGCCGCAGAGAACUACUACGGCGAGCCGGCGCGGCGGCUCGGCCUGCGCUACAUCCCCUACAAGAUCCUGCCGUCGGAGAGCUCGCUGUUCCGGCGCUACGCCAGGGACGACCCGGUGCUCACCGACCCCGUCGCCGUCAACGCCAAGGGCUGGCAGGUCACCAAGAAGGUGUACCUCGACGGGCAGAAUGUGCGGCUCGACAUGGCGCGGUUCCGCCGGCGGCUAAGCGACGCCUACGAUCACUGGGCGGCGCAGCGGCGGCGCCAACAACAAAGCCAACCGUUGUAGCAUGCAUGCGCCGGUGUUCAUGCUCCAUACCCAGUUUUUCUUUG